AUGACUCCGUUUGUUGAAACCGACAAGAAGCCCGAGGGGGAUAAUCAGAGGACUGGUCCUCUGUCUCGUCCGGCCGAAACCGCAAUUAACUAUGGCCAAGUCCAAGAGAAGAAUCUCCUACAGGCUCCUGGAGUCACAGUUAGAGAGAUCACUCCCAACAUAGGGAUCGAGCUUCGUGGCAUUCAGCUCAGCCAGCUCACUUCGGAGCAGAAGGAUGAGCUUGCCCUCCUGGCCGCGGAGCGCGGUGUAGUCCUGUUCCAUGAGCAAGACUUUGCAGAUAUCGGGCCAGAAAAGCAACAUGAAUUUGGUCGCCAUUUUGGGCCACUUCACGUCCAUCAAAUGGGCGGGCAGAUCAAGGGUUAUCCCGAAAUUCUUCCGGUGCACAGGGAUUUCUUGAGCAAUGCCGUGGAUAAUGAGAUCUCCAAUAAUGUUAGUAGUAUUAAGUGGCAUAGCGAUAUGACUUACGAGAUAAACAGCAUGGGAACUACUGUUUUCUUCGUCCUUGACGGGCUGCCAUCUGGCGAUGGCACGUUGUACUUAUCCACCACGACUGCGUAUUAG